GACAUGUAAUACUCUAGUCAGUUAUCUACAUACUAAGUUAAAACAACACUAUCCCAAAUUUGUAUAUCGACAUUCAUGGAGCCAAAAUAUUGAAUUUGGGGGUUACAGAAAAUGGGGGCUUCCAAACCAGUUUUACCACUUUUUACUUCUAGACUAGUAUAAGACAACAGACACUCGCCAACUUUCAGCAGAAGCGGUUACUGAGUCAAAUACAGGACACUGCGUCAGACUAGUGAGCAAAAUUAUGGCGGAUUUCUGGAAUUUUCCUGAGUUUAAGCGGGCAGUUGUUCGAGAAGUGUCCGAUGAUGUCAACAACGCUGUUCGGGACUUGUCGUCUACGGAGGAUGUUGAUCUUGAAAAAUGUCGCGCGGAGUGGGGGUUGUACGUCCAGGCCCUGCGCGACUUGGGUCUGGACGUUACGGUGAUUCCGCAAGACCCCAAACUUCCCGACUGCCAGUUUGUUGAAGACCCCUGCAUCGUGAUCGGAGACACGGCACUCAUUACCAGGCCUGCAUGUGGACCCAGGCAAGGGGAGACCACGGUACUGGAAGAAACCAUGAGGAACCUGGGACUGAAGGUUCGGGUUGUAGAAAGUGAUACAGCGACUCUGGAAGGCGGGGACGUCAUUUUUACAGGAAAGGAGAUCUUCUGCGGUGAUUCAGUGUUGAGUAACGAGGAGGGCUUCGCCAUUUUGGAGGAGACGUUUGGAGAUGACUACCCCUGCCACUCCAUAUUUGUGGAGUAUCCCGAAUUUCAUCUGAAGGGUUAUGCGGCCUUAGCUGCACCUGGAAUAAUCGCCAUGUGUGACAACGAGUGGGGACACCCGGCGUGGGCGGACAUAUGUAACGUCUCCAACUACAAAUACAAAGUGAUGUGGAUCCCUGACGACUUUGGGAACAACUGCAUUUAUAUCAACGGCAGCAUUAUACACACCACAGAGGAGCAAAAGCCUGAUACCUUUGCGGUGUUUCAGGAAGAAAUGGCAGACUACAACCUCAUCCCAAUGUCAUCUGCAGAGGUCAGCAAAGUUGACGCGGCUUUAACGUGCCAGUGUCUGCUGUUCUGAGCAGCCUGAACAUCUUCCAUUGCAGCCUAUGGUUCUCCUAUCUUUAAGCACACCUUAAAGUAUGCAUAAAGGUACAUGCAAGUGAAGAGAAAUGGGACCUUAACGCAUGUUUUAAGGGAUCGGUAAAGAAGAGCUCUGUGCUUUGAUUAUUUUAUGCUGUUCUGAGCAGCUGGAACAUCCAGUGCACAAAAUCCUAUCUUUAAGCACACCUUAAAGCAUGCGUAAAGCUACACGCAAGUGAAGAAAAGGGGGGCCUUUACGCAUGUUUUAAGGGGUCCGUAAAGAAGAGUUUUGUGCUAUGAUCAUAUGUCCAUAACCUGUGCAUGGGUGUAGGUAUUUAUGGUAAGAGUGUAAGACUCAAGAGACACACCCCUGUCAAUAGAAUAGGACAGCUGGUGACCCAGAGACGGGGAAAACUAUGGCCCUAGGAUAAAAUUGUCUGGAGCUGAAUUGAUUCACUUUGAUC